GCGCAUCUCCAAAUUAAUGGUUCAGUUAUCGGUUCGGACGCAACGCCGAGUCUGUUUUUCUUUUCCCAAUUACUUAUUUUGACCAGUUAAAGCGGGCAAAAUGAAGCGGAAGACGAGCGAGAUUUGGUGCUUCUUCCGGGCGGUGGACGACACGUUCGCUGUGUGCAAUAUCUGCAAGGCUAAGCUAUCCUACAAGACGACUACCACCAAUCUGAGCAAACACAUGAACAGAAUGCAUCCAACAUCAGGACUUGGCCGGAGUACUAAGCACUACAAAUUCCAGACCCAGAGCAGUAGUGCCAUUGACCGAAAUAGAGGGAAACCGCGUAACUCUACGCAGGAGGUCAUAAUGCUAGAGUUCGUGAAGAAGCAUCCGCGAAUGCUGCAAAAUCCGACGUGGGAAACGCGAACUAAUCUGGAAUCACUGUGGGAGGAGCUGACCUCGGCGCUGGCCAACAGUCGCGCGGCGGAGGAAAAGACGUCGCUACUUGACAAAAUUAGCAAUAACAUUGAGAUGGUCCAUGACGCUGCCAACAGCGCACAUCUCGCUCUCAAUGAGUUCUUCGUCCUGUAUAAACAGAAGCUGUUUGAAGACAAGCGACAUCACUUAGCCAUUGAACAGUUGAUGGCUGAGAAAAUAGAAUUAAAAAAGAAACUCUUGGAAAUCGAACAGCGAAAAUUAUCGCUAAAAUGAGGGGAUGUAAGGUAGUCUUAAUAACGUAAUAAUUAAAUAAACUAAGUAUUCGAUUAAACUGUUGCCUAAUUGUAUCAUAUUUCAACUUGCCUGAUCCCAAGCCCACUUAAUACACAAAUUUAAA